AUGUCUACCAUAGGAAUGUACGCAAUCAACGAUUUUUCGGUCUAUCUGAUGCCCAAGCAGGCAGCCCCCGCGUGCCCCCCAUGCCAAUCGAACGUGCUCAAGUCGGUCUUCGAAGACGACGAGGAGGAUGUCAAGAUUGAGCGGGCGAUGUCCCUGCGCGCCAAACUCGAAAUCUCUUCCUACCAGUCCUUGCUCUAG